UGUGAAAAUAGAUGUAGAUAAGUAAAUAACACUAUAAACACAUUCCAAAUCGUAGAUUUGCAACAAGUGCGUGGUCCGUACGUCUAGAUGAACCGCAUCCAGCGGAAUUAUAUGAGCGCCGGCAUUUAGACUUGUUAAUUCACUCGCAUGUUAUCGAUGCUUUGAAAGUUCUAUAGAAAACUGAAAAAGUUUUAAGUGAAACAUUAAGUUUUUUUCGAAACUCAUGUGAAUUAUUUCAGUUAUUGUUCACAAGAACUUGUUUCAAUACUUGUCACUUUCGAUAUUAUUGAAAAUUUAUCGAAACUCCAGUAUUUGUGUUAUGAAACUAACCUAAAAUAACGUAAACAUUCAUUAGAUUGUCAUUAAUUGAAAUACGACGUAGGUAAAAUGUUGCUGCAACGAGGACAAUUGAUAGUGAAACAUUUGAGAGGAAUCAAAAAAUUACUUGUAACCGAGUCACCCCUUUUAAUUACACAAACUGAAAAUUAUGCGAGAUGGGGUGCAAGACAAGUAAAAAAAAUUGUCAAUGAAGAUGAGUUGUUUGAAGUAGAAAAUUAUGCUCAUCCAACUCCUCCUACUGUUAAAGAAGCCAAAAAGAAACCAAUUCCAAAGCAAGUAAAUCAAAAAACUCCAACAGCAGACAAUGUAUGUUUUGACGAAGAAAUAACAUUUAGUGAAGAGACAAGUAUCAAAAACCAGGAUGAACCUGCUCGCAAGCUGAAGAUUUCUACUAAACUAGAAGCGAAUGAAAAACUCAUGAAGACUAUUAUGAUGACUGUAAAGUUGAAAAACAAACGGAAGAAGCAAAAUCAAAUUCUACUUGAAGGACAUCGCUACAUCAAAGAUGCUAUUGACGCUGGCUUGAAAGCAGAAACAAUUAUUUUUAGUCAAUGGGAAGAUAUCAAUAAUUUACCCCUAUCAGAUAAAAAGACACAAAUAUUGAAAGUUCCGUAUAGAACAAUUCAAUUAUGGUCUUCAUUGACAACUGCUCCAGGAAUGAUGGGAGUUUUUAAAAAACCAGAACCUUUGCAAAUAUCAAGGAAAAAUUCUCUACCAAUUACCAUAAUUUGCGAUCAGGUUCGUGAUCCUGGUAAUAUGGGCUCAAUUUUACGAGCAGCUGCUGGUGUUGGAUGUGAAAAAGUUCUGUUGACUAAAGGCUGUGUAGAUUUUUGGGAUAGCAAGGUUGUGCGAAGUGCAGCUGGUGCUCAUUUCAGAGUACCUAUUUAUGGUUCUCAAGAAUGGGAGGACAUUCGUUCACUAAUACACAGUGAUGCUCAUGUUUAUGUUGCUGAUAGCAAUAAAGAAACUUUCAGUAAUGAAGACUUUGAUAAAGUUUUGUUACAUGAAAUUGAAGAAACUUCAAAUAGUGACAAUGAUCUGGAAGAUGUACAAUCAAAUGAUGAGUCAAAAAAGAGUGAAAAACCUAAAAGAACUUACAGAAAAAAAAUGAAUCCACUUCUAAAAAUGACUCAAAUACCUGUUAUACCAUACUAUUCCGUUGAUUACACACAAAACCAGAUUAUUUUGAUUGUGGGUGGUGAAACAGAAGGAUUGAGUCAAGAGUCAUAUGAUUUGAUUAACUCUAGAAAAGGAGUUCGUGUAAACAUACCUCUGGAUAAUAAUGUAGAUAGUUUAAAUGCAGGAAUGGCUUUAGGUAUUGUUGCUUUUGAAGUGAAAAGGCAAUUAUUGCUUGUGCGUGAAAAAUUGAAGGCGUUGGAAUAAUUAUUGUAAAUGUAUGUUUUUGAAAAUUUUUGUACUAAAACUUUAGUAGAAAAAGUUUAGAAAUCAAAUUACAUUCAAUGUAAUGUAUGAAUUGUUGUCAAUUGUAAAUGUUUAGUUAUGCAUCGUAUUAAUUUAAUUAUUAUUACAAAUUUUAUAAGAUUGUAAAAAUAACUUGUAGGAAAUGAAACAACUGUAAAAUUUAGCUAAAUCGAAUUUCAAAUCCGUACGUGUUCUUGAAAAACACGAAUAAUUUUAACGAUGCUCGUGUCUGAUCGAUUGAAAAUGUUUUUGUUAAGUUUUUGUAUCUCUUGUAUCGUUUGUUAUUAAAUUAUAAUAAAUGCAGUCGAAAUUGUUGAUUUUCUAGAAAAAA